AGUGCACGGAUACAGCUGACAGCCGGGCACAACUUAUAUUGACAGCAGAGCACACGGAUCUGACAGCCGGGCACAACUUAUAUUGACAGCAGAGCACACGGAUCUGACAGCCGGGCACAACUUUUACUGACAGCCGGGCACACGGAUCUGAGAGCCGGGCACACGGAUCUGACAGCCGGGCACACGGAUCUGACAGCCGGGCACACGGAUCUGAGAGCCGGGCACACGGAUCUGACAGCCGGGCACACGGAUCUGAGAGCCGGGCACAACUUAUAUUGACAGCAGAGCUAUGUAUCACGGAUUCAGUAGCACCGAGUACGAGGCAGCCUCUUCCCGAUGCAGCAGCGCCUCUCCAGCCGGGGACAGCCUGACCUACUACCCGUCCCCGGACACGUCCUUCUCCAGCGUCAGCUCUCCGGUCACCCCGCAGGAUUAUUGUACAGAUUCCAGCAGCAGCUUUGUUCCAACAGUUACUGCUAUCUCUACUUGCCCUGACCUGCAGUGGCUGGUACAGCCUGCCCUGAUAUCUAUGGCCCCCUCACAGUCCCGAGCUCACCCCUAUAGCACCACCUACAGCCGAACUGGAGUUGUGAAAGGAUCAGGCAGAGGCCAGAACCUGGGCAGGAGAGGAAAAGCUGAACAGAUUUCUCCAGAGGAAGAAGAAAAAAGGAGAGUUAGACGUGAAAGGAAUAAAAUGGCAGCCGCCAAAUGUCGUAACCGCCGCAGGGAAUUGACCGACACACUACAGUCUGAGACAGAUGAUCUGGAGGACGUGAAGUCGGCUCUCCAGACGGAGAUAGCCAGUCUCCUAAAGGAAAAAGAGAAGCUGGAGUUUAUCCUGGCAGCUCACAAACCAGCCUGCAAAAUCCCACAUGACCUAGAAGGUGACUUCCAAGACUUGACAUCCACAUUGGACUUGGGACUGCUCUCUGAUGCUCCAUGUUCUUCCAGCUCUCAGGAACCCUCCACUGAAGCGCUCUUUCCUUUAGGACUCCCUCAGUCUUCCAUUCCCGAAAAGGAGCUGAAGGCUGAACCCCUGGAUGAUUUCCUAUUCAGCUCUCCACAUCCUGGAUCAUCUGAUGCUGCCCGCUCUGUCCCAGACGUGGAUCUCACUAGCUCCCUGUACAACUCAGACUGGGAGCCUUUGUAUAACACUGUAUCUGCAGAUAUGGAACCUCUUUGCACACCUGUUGUCACCUGCACUCCAACUUGUACCACCUACACUACAUCCUUUGUUUUCACAUACCCGGAGUCUGAGCCCUUCCCAAACUGUGGAGCAGCACACCGACGGGGGAGCAGCAGCAACGAGCAAUCCACCGACUCCCUGAGCUCCCCUACCCUGCUGGCCCUGUAAUAUCCUGGAACUAAUCCUCCACUCCAGGGAAAGGCAAAUUGGGCCAUCAAUUUGACUGUAACUGCUGACGGCAAUAAGGCACUCUGACCACCUCCACUGGCCCAACUGCUGCCUAGCUGCCAUAAGUGUACACUGUGUUUAAUGCAUCUCUAGUCUAAAGAGCUCACACCUUGUGGGCAACUCCCAGAAGACGUUUCUUCAAGUAAAGACUGAGCACACAGCUUUGGCUAGGACAGCAUGAGAGCUGCCGCAUGCCCCCCCCCCUUCCCAAUCUGUGCCCUGGCUGUGCCUGUGCUGGGUUGGGGUAGGCAUGUCUGCUUCCAACCUCUACUGGAGUGAUAUCUCUUCCUGGCAUGGAUUUCAUGUUGUGAGACUGUAGUAUGUAGCAUGAAGCAUCUCACCCCAGCCUCUCGCUGCUGCUGGCAGUAAGGGGGUUAAUUGUGAUACUCUUGAUUUAACUCCUGUGUUGCUGGCUAGGUGUGUUGAGCCAGCAUGCAGGGUUAUGGUGCUGAUUGCAAGGUGUAUAGUGGAUAUAUUAUACAAUAACCCAUUGAGGCCGGACACAUGGUGAACGUACUGUAUCUUCCGUUUGAUUGUAAUUCUGUCUGUCUUUCCAAGUUUUCCAUGAAAACGUUUUAUUUCUUGUACACAAUAUUGUUUAACUUAUUAAGAUGUAUUUGAGAAUAUUUAUAUUUUUAUUUUAUUUUUUUUUACCUUGAAUAUCCGGAUAAAAGUCAUGCGUCUGGAGCAAAAUUCUAAAACAGGUUUUAUUUUGCUUCUUGACCAAGACGUUAAAUAAAAUCUCUUUGCAUUAAA